AUGAAAAGAGUCUCUCAAGAUGAUACCGUGCAGAUAAAUUCGGAAACUCCCUCAUCUCAAACAACAUUCAAUUCUCAUACAGAAAAUUCUCAAUCAUCGGAAUGUGUUAAUUCAAAAAAACAAAAAUUAGAGGAAUUCGAAUCGUCUUAUCUCUAUGAUGCAUAUCAUCAAAUCAUUCCCCAUAAUCCACAAUAUAGAUAUUUCCUUGAGCAUGAUAUUUUCAGAAUUGUUUCAAAAUAUUUUCCAAAUUUAAGACAAUUGAAACAGGACACUCCUGUUCCCAUUCCUAACUCCGACCAAGAUUUAGAAAUGAUGGAACAUGUUAACAAUUCUGACAACAAUAAUUCACAACUGAUGAACGAAAAAGUGAAAAAUAUGGAAAAACAACGCUAUACUGUGCAGAGACGAAUUGCAUUCUUAUUAAUCGAUCAAGUGUUUAAGCAGCCCAACCAUUGCUGCCCGUUCUGUUGGCUACCCAUUAAUUAUUGUGUUUGUAAAACCUUUAUAUAUGCAUGGCGAGAAAAUUCUCAUUUGAGAUUUAAUGAUCCAACAUUGAAUUUAGAAUAUAGCAAGCAUAAUAAGCCUACUGACUCUCAAAUUCGAGAAAUGUUGGAAAUUGUAAAGCAUUCUGAACAACCUCGCCUCUUCAACAUUCAGAGCCAUAUUUGA